ACCAACGACCGAGACACCACAGAGCGAGAGGUCUCGAAUCAGACGACAAGACAAUCCGAAGCCUAGUCCAAGAGGGAUAUUGAGGACAUCCUACAUAACAAACUUUCCUCAAGAACAUAAUGAAGUACUACCAUUGCCCAGUGACCCAGAGCGUGAAUUAUGAAGGCUGCAACACCAAACCCGGGAGUCCAGGGGCCUGCUUUCCUACCCGCAAGUCGGUAAAACCAGUCCGGAACGUCCACUUCCCCAAUGACGUGGUCUUCCAGGAUUACAUUCGUCAAGGAGAGUUGGAGAGGAUCGGACGCUUUAUUCGGACCAGGAGGGUGACCCUGGACACUAUGUAUCCAUCUGGCAUGGCAGCCAUCCACGAGGCCGUGCUCUCAGGGAACCUGGAGUGUGUGAAGCUGCUGGUGAAAUAUGGCGCCGACAUCAUGCAGAGAGAUGAGGACAGCUGGACGCCGCUCCACAUGGCCUGCAGCGAUGGAUUUCCGCACAUUGCCAAGUUCCUGCUCUCUCUCGGUGCCGACCCCGAGGCCGAGAACGAGUGUGGAGAAAAACCCGCUGACCUAAUUGACCCAGACUGCAAAGAGCUGGUUGAGAUGUUCGGUGUCGGAGGAGACUGAACCUGCAGCACGUCUGGUGCAUCGAAUCAGCUUGAUCUUCUCCUCCGCCUGAUGGUGAUGGAGUAAGAGCCAGAGUACAGCCGCUGCUACGUGUAGCUCUUCUCGUGAAUAAGACCUUAUUGACCUCAGUUCAGGUCUGAGUGUGUAGAAGAACAGCAGAGGAACUUAAGCGGCACAGAGAUGUGGAACCUCGAAAGAGGCAGUGACUGCAGAGAGAUGCAUUUAUAACCACUGAAGGUUUUAAUAUUAGUGUUUUAUCCUGUAGUCUGUAGACAUAAAUUAUAGCUCUGUGCAAAAGUUUGCACCCCCUCAGGCCUUACAGGGGGCCAAUGUGAUAAAAAUGGGUUCUAUUUGAAACAGUUUUGCUUUAUGUUUGGGUUAGUUGUCUUGCUGUGUGAUUUGAUACUCUUUUGUAAUCUGUAUUAUUAUUGUUGUUGUUGUUAACUGCACAAUCCUUAUUUUUAUUCCUACUUUGCACGAGCAGAAUGCUGUUUUAUAUUUUUAUACCUCAUUUUUCAAUUAAAAUAUUUUAUAAAAUAAAAUAUUUUUUUUACUAUUAAACUAAAUCAUUCUACUUGA